AUGGAAUGCAAAACUGAUGGCACCGCUAAUACAUAUUGGAUUGCUCAGUCUAAGUCAGACCCCUCGCUAUUCACUAAAGGUUGCGACGCACUCUUUCAAGAUCAAAGAUCUCAUAACCUUGGGUAUUUUCUGGGAAUCGAGGCUAGAAUGUGUGACUCCUGGUUCAAUCUCUGUCAGCGGAAGUAUACUCUGGAUAUCUUGAAUGAAGCUGGCUUCCAUGACCACAAGCCUGCUAAAACUCCCAUGGUCCUAGGCCAUCGCUUAACACAUGAUGAUGGAAAUAUUCUUGAUGAUGUUAGCUUGUUACAGAAGACAGAUAGAGCAGCCACAUUAUUUUGCGACAACAAGUCCGCGAUUGCCAUCGCCGAGAACCACGUUUUCCACGAACGAACGAAGCACAUAGAAAUCGUUUGCCAUGUGGUUCGUGAGAAAGUCACUCAAGGGCUCGUCAAGUUACUAUCUGUUUCAUCAUCCAACCAGGCAACUGACGGGUUUACAAAAUUCCUUCCAGUUUCUCCUUAUCAAUUGUUAGUCUCAAAGCUGGGCAUUCAAGACCUACACGCUCCAGCUUACCGGGGGUUGUUAGAGGACUGA